UCCCCUCUCUCGCUCUAGCCGUUUCCUGUACUCUACGGUGUGUGUCUUUUGCCCUGCUCGGUCGUUCUCUUUCUGGCAGCAGCGACUCUCCGUUGUCCGCUCGUUCUCGUGAGACUUUCCGUAUUUGAGUACGAGUUAUGGGGACAGUCGACUUCUUGAACGAGGACGAGGUGAAGGAAUUUCUGGACAAUAUCGGCGUGGAGUACCACUUCCAGUGUCACCGGGAGAAGGACCCUGAAGGUUGCCAGAGGCUAGCGGAUUACCUGGACAGCAUAAAGAAGAACUACGAGGGGGCUGCGCAGAUCCUAAAGAUGAACUGUGACCAGAACCAGCACAGCGAGAGCUGUUACAAACUGGGAGCGUACCACAUCACUGGUAAAGGUGGGCUUCCUCAGUGCCUGAAGACCGCCUAUUCCUACUUUGUGAAGUCCUGCGAGAAGGGAGGGAAGAAGUCCAGUGAUGCGUGCCACAAUGCGGCUCUCCUGGUGAUGGACGGACAGGCCGUCGAGGGCCAGUCUAACCCUCGGCUGGCACGGGACUACUACACCAAGGCAUGCCAGGGUGGCUUUGCUCCCAGCUGCUUCAACCUCAGUACGCUUUUCAUCCAGGGCACAGCGGGGCUGCAGAAAGACAUGGGGCUCGCCCUACGCUACGCCCUCCAGGCCUGUGACUUGGGGCACAUCUGGGGCUGCGCCAAUGCCAGUCGCAUGUAUCGACUUGGAGACGGGACAGCAAAAGAUGACGGGAAGGCGGAGGCCCUGAAGAAUCGAGCUAAAGAGCUCCACGGGCAGCAGAGUCAGACACAGUUGGCCUUUGGACAGUAGAGGAGGGCAGCGAGAUGGACGUGGCCUCGCGGGUUUCCUUAAACGCGUGGCUGGUACUGCCCAUUGGCUUUUGUGGGGGAGGUGGAGAGAGCGGGCACUACCACUACACAGUCUUGCUACGUGCCACCUGCAGGUGUCCACCUUGGGCUGCCUUGAAGGGUUUGUCUCUAAAGCUGACUGGAUUUGGACUGGCCACUACAGUGACAAAUGGCACUCCUCAGGUGGGCAUUAACGUGCUCCUGAUGUCACGGUUGCCAGGGCAAUCGUAGACUGGUGGGCCCUUUUGUAGUCCUUGACUUUUUUGAUUAAAAUCCUAUCCUGAGAAAAUGUUUUUAUUUAUGACUUGUACAGGAGACACUUAAGAAAAGUGGAAUGGAGAUUCUGAAAAACGUGCGAUGGCUUUAAACAAAAACCUGUUGUUAUGUCGUGAUUUGGUCAGGGGGUCUGAGACACGUGCUGAGGGGCACACUAAUGACAGAACAUCUGCCAUGAAGUACGAGAAGGUGACAAAACUGAGGAGUGCCAGCCCUGAGCACGUGACAAGAGACGGUGAGGGUCACACUGGUGCUGCACAAAGCCUGACCCUCUUGAGGGGGCCGCUGUACUGUGUUGGCGCAACAUGCGGAAGGAUCAACUCAGAAAUUCAUGAGUCACUGUGGGCAACUACUCACGUCUCGACCGUGCUUGCCUGCCGCCGCUUUAUGGAUGCCCGCUGUGUUGGCGUCAGGUACAAUGUCUCCCACCGCCAGUUAUGGUUUUGUCUCAGAGCUCAACCCAAAACAGAAGCUUCCAGAGAACUGGGACAGUUGGUGCGGUUCUGCUGCUCCCCUCAAGUGAGGAACCUGCCCAAAGUAGACCUUCGCUUCCUUUACACCUCAUUUCAAAAGUCAGACACAAGUUCAAAAUUACUGUCUGUUACACCUGCGUUGUUAUCUCUCUUUAAUUUAAUAUUGUUAUUAUCAGUAUGCUGCUGCUGGAGUGUGGGAAUUUAAUAAAGUAUAUCUAUCAGUCUUUA